AUGCCCAAGCUCCCUUCGUUGCUACCCGCGGCCGUUUCGCAACCUCUGUACCGCAGCACAGAGCUCGUGCGCGGCGCCGUGGGAAGCUUGACCUGGGGCCCGGCCCUCGCCGUUGCAAAGCCCGCCAUCCUGUCUGCCUUCUCCACCAUCGAAAAGGGCACAUUGCUGCUCGUCGACAAGCCGGCCGAGACGAGGACUGUCUUUGGACAGAAACUGGGCGCAACGAAGCAGAUCGUUCGGGAGACGACGCCGCGCCGCGCCGAUGCCGUACCCCGCGUCGAGCUCGUCGUCAAGAGCGAUGCCUUCUGGAUGCGCCUGUUCUUGUUCGCCGACAUGGGGUUCGCAGAGGCGUUCAUGCUUGGCGAGGUCGAGUGCGAGGAUCUGACAGCCUUCUUCCAGCUCUUCAUUGUGAACCGAGAAGCCAUGGGCAAUGGCACGACCUGGAUCUCGAGCUUCUCCUCCGCCAUCUCGAGCUUGGCGCGCACGACGAACACGCUGUCCAACGCCCUCCUCAACAUCUCGGCCCACUACGACAUUAGCAACGACAUGUUUGCCGCCUUUCUCUCACCAGACAUGACGUACUCGUGCCCGAUCUGGAACCUCCACCCUGAUGCCAGCGCUCCAGAGGAGACACUGGAGGCGGCCCAGAUGACCAAGCUCCACCGCUUCAUCGAGGGCGCGCAUCUCAAGGCUUCCGACCACGUUCUCGAAAUUGGUACCGGCUGGGGCUCCUUCGCCAUCGAGGCUGUCAAGACGACCGGGUGCCGUGUGACAAGUCUGACGCUGUCAAAGGAGCAAAAGGUGUUGGCCGAGGAGCGCAUUCGUGAUGCUGGACUCCAGGAUCGCAUCGAGGUUCUGCUCAUGGACUACCGCGCCCUGCCGACGCCGGAGAAGCCGUACGACAAGAUUGUCUCGAUUGAGAUGCUCGAGGCCGUGGGCCAGGAGUUCUUGGGCACCUAUUUUGCGUGCAUUGACCGGCUGCUGAAGAAGGAGGGCGGCAUUGCCGUGUUCCAGUGCAUCACCAUGCCCGAGGGGCGCUACGAGGCGUACGCCAAGACGGAAGAUUUUAUCAACCACUAUAUUUUCCCCGGCGGCCACCUCCCGACCAUCACGCAGCUGCUGAAUCACAUUGUCACCGAGUCGAAGGGCACUCUCAUCACAGAGAAGGUCGAGAACAUUGGUGGCCACUACGCCAAGACGCUGCGGCUCUGGAAGGAAGCGUUCAUGCGCAACUUUGACGCGACGAUCAAGCCGGCGCUCCUGAAGGAACAUCCCGAAAUGUCGGAGGACGGUGUCGACGUGUUUAGGAGGAAAUGGGAGUACUAUUUCACAUACUGCGAGGCUGGCUUCGCGACGAAGACGCUGGGCGAUGCGAUUAUCACCGUGGGCAGGGAGGGCGCUCUGGAGUUAAUGGAAGGCAUUCCACUGUGA